GUUAGCUAGCAAAGUUAGCUCGCUACCUCGCGACGUCGAUGGCCCAAAACAAUGGAAAUAGUUCUCAUUGGUCAAUACAGCGACGUGUGGAAGGUUUGGUGAACAAACACAUGGCAGACAUGGCAGUAGAAACACUGCAACAUAGGCUUAAUGCUGUAUCAGAAGAAAUUAACCAUCUGGCAGAAGAGGCCGCGAGACGCGCUGAAGAUGUCCCGAGAUGUGCAGAGGAUGUCCCAAGGCGUGCGGAUGUCACUUUUGAAGUGGAAUCACAGUCAGACAUACACCACUCCGGAGGUGUUGGGGAAAAGUUAAUACCAGCAGCCGCCUCUUCAGAGACAGCAGCGCAGAGGAGAAUCAUUUCGCUUCUGCUGGAGAUUAAGGAAGAACAGCAGAAACAGUGGGCAGUUUUAAAGGAGCUGCAAGACAGAAUGCAGGGUCCAGUGUGUGAGGAGGAGUUUGAAGCACUUGACAUUGACCUACCCCUGAGGACCAUGGAGCAGCUGGAUGAAACAGAGAGACAUUUGGAGGAUGCUGGAGCACAGAAGAAGAUGGUGUCACAUUUAUCACGCAUGGGUGGCGCCACGGUGGACGAUGCUGUGCGUCGGCUGAUGCAGGCCGUGCUGUCCUUCGGAGUCGGCUCCAAACUGAACUGGGUCGGGCGAGGCCAGAAAAGGGGUUUUCGUAACACCAGGCUCCAGGGAGUCCUUUUCCGUGCCCUAAAGAGAACUCCAGUCGGAAAGGAGGCGACACACCACCAGUUUGCAGACGUAGUUAAAAAAUGGCUGCGAUUUGCCCCGUUCAGGCAAGGGGGGAGUGGUCGACGGCAACAUUACAAACCUUCGGUUGAAUUCAUGUGCCCUCAGUGAACCACAUGACACUGUUGCCAGGUUGAGACCACAACAAUUUAGAUUGUAACUGUUUUCAUCCUUGUUUGUUUAACCAUCAUGUGUGAACUAAUGCAUUUAUCAACGUAAGUAUAUAACCAAAAAACAAGGAAUCACGUUGCGUGUUAUAUUUCAUCACUUUUACAAAAAUGUAUUAAAAUGUAUUAAAAUGUGAAAGACUGCUUUCUAAACACAUAUUUCAUCUUUGCUCUCACAAUGUUAACCCAGUGCUGUUACUCAUUAAACUUUUCCCCCUCCAAACUCAAAUUGUAUUGUGACCAAACAAGCAGUUGUUUUUCUUAAGUCCUUUUUAUUUGGAAAAUAUUCAAGAUUAUUUGUGCUGUGACAGUGUCCCGUAUAUUCAUUUAAAAUAAAUAUCAGACUAUUGUUGUAAAGAA